CCUCCCUUCCUUUCCUUUCCCUUCCCGCCCGGGAGCCUUUCCGCCCGCUCUCCCCAGGGCCGGCAGGACGGCGGCGAUGCGGCUGCAGUGCGAGGUGGAGGUGGUCAGCCGGCUCCUGCCCUCCUGCGGGCUGCGGGGCCGCGGCCGCGGCACCAGGGCGCUGCUGUCGCUCGGCCGCCCGCCCGGCGGGGCUCGGGGCGGCUCCGUGUACCUCAUGGUGUGCACGGCGCGGGACCGGGGCGGCGCUCGCUACAAGGUGCAGGAGAACAUCGAGCGGUUCUUCACCCGCUUCGUGGAGGAGGGCAAGGCCACCGUGCGCCUCCGGGAGCCCGCCGUGGAUAUCUGCCUCAGCAAGGCAAAUGCCAGCAAUUUAAAGAAUUUCCUUUCAGCUGUGAGACUGGCUCACCAAGGGACCGACAUCAGCGCUCUCCCGCUCUCAGCUCUGGUACCAGCGAAGACUUCAGAAGUCGAAAAGCCUAAAACAAAAAUGAUCAUAACUUCCAAAAGGGACUAUCCGCUCACCAAGAACUUCCCUUAUUCCCUCGAACAUCUCCAGGCCUCGUACUGCAAACUUGCUCGGAUCGACACACGUGUGCUUUGCUUGAAGAAGCUCCGAAAACUCGACCUCAGUCAUAACCACAUUAAGCAGCUGCCAGCUACCAUCGGUGACCUGGUCUUCCUUCAGGAGCUCAAUUUGCACGACAAUCACCUGGAGUCCUUCAGCAGUGCCCUGUGCAACUCCACCCUUCAGAAAUCUCUCCAGUGCUUGGACCUCAGCCAAAACAAAAUUAAAGCACUUCCCAUUCAGUUCUGCCAGCUGCGAGAACUUGUUAAUUUGAAGCUUGAUGACAAUGAGCUGAUUAGGUUGCCAUUCAAGAUUGGCCAGUUAGAUCAUCUGCGCUUUCUGUCGGCAGCUCGAAACAAACUUCCUUUCUUGCCCAGUGAUUUUAGGAAACUCUGUCUUGAGAACUUGGAUCUCUUUGGGAAUCCUUUUGAACAGCCUAAUCCUCUUGUUCCCAACAUACAGCUGAAAAUACCAUUGACUUUAUUAGAGUGUGCUGCGAGAGCUACCGUAAAUUACAGACUCCCUUACGGCUGCCAUCUCCUUCCCUCUCACCUCUGCGAAGACCUGGAGGUGGCUAAGACGUGCCAGUGCGGAGGCGCCUGCCUGAGCAGCUUCAUCCAGAUCACGGUGACCAUGAACCUGCACCACGUAGCUCACACCGUGGUCCUGGUGGACAACAUGGGAGGCACGGAAGCGCCCAUCGUCUGCUACUUCUGCUCCCUAGACUGCUAUUCCGAGUUCCUGGACGACGCGUACCUGCAGGGCAGCUGCGACUACUGACGGGGCAGGGGCUCGCCUGGGAGCUCUGCCCCGUGCUGGGGGACUCGGCGCUCGCCUCCCGCCCGGUUCAGAGCUCGCCUCCCCCCCGCUUCGGUGCCGCAGAGCAGCGGCUGCGGCCCGCGGGUGUCGGCCUGGCGGGGAGGGAGCACCGCCCCUCCACCGCCGGGCUUUCUGUGCUUGGAAUAAAAAGGUGCUCGGCUUCAA